AUGGAAGUAGGAUCUGCAACGAAGCUUCGGUGCCAACGUAUUGGCUGCAACGCCAUGUUCACCCAUGAUGACAACUCGGACGGUUCUUGUCAGUUUCAUGCUUCUCCAUUUUUUCACGACGGAAUGAAAGAGUGGAGCUGCUGCAAGCAAAGAAGCCAUGAUUUCACUUUGUUCUUGGAAAUCCCAGGAUGUAAGAAAGGUAAGCACACAACUGAGAAACCAGUUCUUGCCAAACCUGCUCCAAGACAGCCUAUCACGGUUCCUACUUCAUCUCCAGUUGCCAAUGCUGCAACAAAAGACUCUUGCUCUAGGUGCCGCCAAGGCUUCUUCUGCUCUGACCAUGGCUCCCAACCCAAAGAACAGAUCAGGCAGGGCCUGAACACGCCAGUACAAGCGCAAGGAGAAGAGAUUCAGACCUUAGCACCACCACCUCCCAUUAAAAAGGUUGUUAUUGACAUUAAUCAACCGCAAGUCUGCAAAAACAAAGGAUGUGGCAAAACAUUCAAAGAGAGAGACAAUCACGAGGCUGCUUGUAGCUAUCAUCCAGGUCCUGCGGUCUUCCACGACAGACUGAGAGGGUGGAAAUGCUGCGAUGUUCACGUGAAGGAGUUUGACGAGUUCAUGGAAAUACCUCCUUGCACUAAAGGUUGGCACAGCAGCAGCGAUCAAGCGGUCUGA